GGGAGAAAAGUGGCCACACGGUGUGCCAGCCCGUCCAAGCAGUCGCUUACAUCUAAGAUCCGCCGUGGCGCAGGGAGCACAGCAAAACGCGUCUGCCAAGUCCUGUCCACUCCACUUGGUGACGUGCAGAGCGGUGCACAGACAGGCAACUGACCGACCUCCACACAGCCGCUACCGGUGCACAGUGUUGUUCCUUUUGCAGUAAAAUGCAACAGCAGUCUUUGCGGGAUAAAGACAGCAUUCAUACAUAAGCAGCGUCGUAGCGAAACAAGGACAAACGCCGGGGGACAGGAGCAGCGAGCGGCCGGGGAGGUGUAGACGGCAAUACUCAAAAGAUCUAAUUUGUCUGUGAUGAGCAUCCCCAUCCACCAGAGACCAAAGGUACGGCACCUGGACUUGCAAGAGCAGAGACCCACAGGAGAAUCCAUCUUAAACUGUGACCAAACCACUGUAGUCCGGACCAGUCAGCAUCCUAUGAGGAACUUCCAGCACCUAUGGCAUGCAGGCCUGCCCCCGUUGUUCCCUCUGAGAGGAAGAGGAAGUGAUGUCACGCCACCACCACCGCUUUGAGAGGGACUACCGGGGACCCUGGGAGCGGAGAGACAUCCGUCCUUCUGGCCUCCACAAUGGAGGAGCCAAUCAUAGCUGUGCCUCUGCCGUUGUCAAUGGCAACAACCGUCCGGGGCUCCUUCCCCUCCCAGUCAUCCCCUCCCUCCUCCCCACCCCUGUCACAGUUGCCGUGACAACAUCGAGCAGCGACAUAGCGGUCAAGCGAGGCAUCACGGCAGCAGGAUCAGUGGCUCCAGCGUCGGCCAAGGUCUCCGGUCUGUCUCCUGGAGACAGUCAGACCCCAGGACUGCUGCUGGCUCCAGGGGUGAGGUGGGGACAGACGCCCAUCAACCAGCUCACACCCUGGGAUACAGAUGAGCCCCCUGCCAAGCAACAUCGAGACAGUGAGCCUACCGGUCCGACCUGGGCUGCACCAGUAGCAGCGGUGAGCCAACCCAGCCUCUUGCCCCACACCUAUGGCCUACCCCAGCCGCCCUCCUACAGCCACAGCGUGACUGCACAGUCACCCAUCAUUGGAGUAACCCCAUCCAUCCAGACACCAAUACCCCCGCAGCACCCUCUCAUGACUGCCCACUUCCAGCUAACGCCACAAUCGACCCAGCAGCCGCCCUCUAUGGUGCUGAGCAUGCCCAACCAGCCUCCAUACCCUUCCGCUCAACCCACAGUUGCACCGUCCGCCCUUACUGCCCAGGCCAACCAGGUGGUUCACCCAAACCCUCACAGCGUGAUGGGCAAUGGCCACUUAACCUCUCACCCCGGCCUCAUCCAGCACCCCGCUCUGCCUCUCACCAAUGGACAGGCGGCGGCAGCGGCAGCGGCAGCAGCAGCGCAGGGCCAGCCCACCGCAGCAGACAAUCAGGAUGGUCCUAAUGGGCUGCAAAUGCUGCGGACAGUCGGGAUGGGGAAGUACGAGUUCAGUGACCCAGGACACCCUAAAGAGAUGUUGAAGGAGUUGAACCAACAGCGCAGAGCGAAAGAGUUUACAGACCUGAAAAUUAUUGUUGAAGGCAAAGAGUUUGAAGUCCACCAAAAUGUUCUAGCUUCCUGCAGCUUGUAUUUCAAGGACCUGGUGAAAAGGUCAUCAGGGGAGACGCGGAGCGGGGAGGUGCUGGAGCUGAACAUGAGUAACAUCAGCGCCGACGUGCUGGAGCUGCUGCUCGAGUUUGUGUACACGGGAUCGCUCGUCAUCGACUCGGCCAACGCCAAGACGCUGCUGGAGGCCGCCAACAAGUUCCAGUUCAACACCUUCUGUAAAGUCUGUGUCUCCUUCCUAGAGAAACAGUUGACUGCCGCUAACUGUCUGGGAGUGCUGGCUAUGGCUGAGGCCAUGAGUUGCACGGAGCUCCAUAACAUGGCCAAAGCUUUCGCACUGCAGAACUUCCCUGAGGUGGCAGGACAGGAAGAAAUUCUGAGUGUGUCCAAGGAGGAUCUGGUGUCCUAUCUGUCCAACGACAGUCUCAACACAAAGGCUGAGGAGCUGGUCUACGAGACAGUCAUCAAGUGGAUCAAACAAGACUCCAACUCCAGAGCGCAGAAUUUGUCAGAGCUGUUGGCAGUGGUGCGUCUUCCUUUCAUCCACCCUUCCUACCUGCUGAACGUGGUGGACAACGAGGAGCUGAUCAAGUCGUCUGAGGCGUGUCGCGACCUGGUCAACGAGGCCAAGCGCUAUCACAUGCUGCCCCACGCACGGCAAGAGAUGCAGACGCCCAGGACUCGGCCAAGGCUCUCCGCUGGUGUAGCGGAGGUGAUAGUUCUGGUGGGAGGGCGCCAGGCAAUCGGGAUGAACCAGCGUUCCCUGACAGCAGUCACCUGUUUUAACCCCCAGAACAGUAAGUGGUACCCGCUGGCCAGCCUGCCCUUCUACGACCGCGAGUUCUUCAGUGUCAUCUCGGCGGGAGACAACAUCUACCUGUCAGGUGGCACAGAGUCUGGUGUGAUGGUGGCUGAUGUAUGGUGCUACAUGUCCCUGCUGGACAACUGGAAUCUGGUGUCCCGGAUGACGGUAGCCCGCUGCAGACACAACAGCCUGGUAUACGACGGCAAGCUCUACACCAUUGGAGGACUGGGCGUAUCAGGGAACCUAGACCACGUGGAGAGGUACGACACUAUCACCAACCAGUGGGAGACGGUUUCUCCUCUUCCUAAGCCAGUCCACUCUGCGGCAGCCACGGUGUGCGGGGGGAAAGUCUACGUGUUCGGAGGCGUGAACGAGGCCGGGCGCUCUGCGGGUGUCCUCCAGUCCUACGUACCGCAGAGCAACACCUGGAGCUUCAUUGAAUCGCCCAUGAUAGAUAACAAAUACGCCCCUGCAGUGAGUCUAAACGGUUUUAUAUUCAUCCUGGGAGGAGCCUACGCUCGAGCCACCACUAUCUAUGACCCAGACAAAGGCAACAUCAAGGCCGGUCCCAACAUGAAUCACUCUCGGCAGUUCUGCAGUGCUGUGAUCCUGGACGGGAAGAUCUACGCCACAGGAGGCAUCGUGAGCAGCGAGGGUCCAGCCCUCGGCAACAUGGAGACCUUCGACCCUUGCACCAACACUUGGACGCUCCUGCAGUCACUGCCCUGCCCGCUCUUCAGACAUGGCUGCGUGGUCAUCAAGAAGUACAUUCAGAGCGGCUGAGGUGGUGGGGGGGCGGCCGGGACCCGAUCACACUGGGUCGACGCCAAACACCAGCUGAGCCCCGGUUGUGGGACGAUGUGCGACAACAGCUUAGGGCCGGGCCGGUUGGUCGGUCAGCGACCUCUGGACUUGACGCCAGCAUCCAUCCACCUUGUUACCUGUCUCUCCCCCCAAAAAAAAAAAGCCCUGUGCAGAAUGUACUCAUGUUUAACUACUCAGCCAUGUCAGGUGACGAUGCCUAACCUCCAGUACUGUAUGUAUCAUGGUAGUAGUUCAUCCUCCCAUCCAACAGGCACAGGGACCCUCUUAGUAAAUUAACUCCUUGUUUUUUCGAUGAAGUCAUCGUUGGUUUUCGGUUGUUGUUUUUUUUUUCCCCAGAUCUCUGUAAACUCACCACCUUCCUAUUUCUUUACUAUACUCUGACUCAGUGCAGUGAAAGCCAUUUCUGGUUUAUGUCCGGUUUUUGAGAAUUAUGUUUGACAGGUGUAGGUUUCAUAGUCAUUUUUUUAGGGAUGGUUUCUUUUUGGCGUGUUUUUCGGUACAGCGACAUCUACAGGGCAGGAGGAAAAGCGAAGGAAAGGAAUUCAUCGACUGUUUUCCUCUUUAUCAGUGGAUUAGACGAGUUUCUUCUCUCUCCACCGUAUCAGGAAGUGAACUCCUACUGUGAGUGGAUUUAUGAGGUAAUUUUAAAAACAGAGUCUGAACUCUGUGUAACCCGUUUCUAUUAAUGACUUGCUAAACAUCGGAAAAGCUAUAAAAAAUCUGGGUCGGGUAGGGUUUAAAAAGAGAAAAUCUUUAUUUUCUUCUUUGUUCUAGUGCAAUUCCAGCUUGAUUGAGAUAUCAUCUGGAGGGUGAGUUGCCUGUUUUUCCCCCCUCCCUUUGAUUCAUACUCGCUUGCUCUCGGGGACAAAGACAGCGCUACAUUUAGAGAGAGAGAGAGAAUUCCUCCUUCCGCUGAUGUCCGAUCAGAUGUUCAAGUUGGGACAGUUCCUCCGGAUAAAAGCACAAUAACCACCCAUGACUGUUACCAUAGAAUCUGUUGAUUCAUUUUUUUUUUUUUUUUGUCUUUCAUGACCCACCUUCUAUUUGUUUUAUACAAUGUGUUUCAUUGCAACCCACAAAAUGAUGUUGGGUUGGAAUUCUGUAAAUACAGGAAGGAAAUAUGUAUAUUUUAAAACCUGAAGGCAAUUCUGUAUAAAUGUUUUUAGAAAAAAAAAUGCUAGGUUGGAUUCAAAACGGUAUGUCUGUAAAUCUGUACCCAAAAAGGAGAAAUUAACAGUUGUUAUUAUUGAAACCUAAUACAUAUACCAGAACAUGAA